AUGACCCAAGAAUCCAAAAAAUCCCUCGGAACUCUUAGUGAUUACGUCCUUUUAGGAUGUAGCGGGUUGAGGGUUUUACCAUUAUGCCUUGGCACAAUGACCUUCGGGGAAAAUUGGGGGUUUGGUGCCAAUUUCGAAGAGUGUAAAGAGGUCUUUGAUCAUUAUUUUGAGCAAGGAGAUACCGCAAAUUUGUAUACUGGCGGUGAUCCCGCUUCUGCUGAACUUGGCAUUGGGACUGUUCCAUGGGGUUUUCUCGCCGAAGGAAGAGUCAAAGAUAGUUGGGAAAAGAAUUGGGAAAUACUUGAUGAGGUUAAAAAAAUUUCUAAGGAAGUUAAUAGAAGUCCUGUUCAGGUGGCGUUAAAUUGGAUAGCUCAAAAACCUGGUAUCACUUCAUCUUUAAUCGGUGCCAGAACUAAAGCCCAAUUGGUUGAAAAUAUAAAGGCUCUUGAAUUUAAGUUAACUCCAGAACAAAUUAAUAGACUGGAUAACGUCUCCGAGCCUCCAAUGUCAUUUCCGCAGUCCUUUUAUGGUUUUGGUCCCGGCAAGGUUUAA